GUAGAACUUCAUCGGGGACUUCCUGCCUACCAACAACCUGAGGACGAGUUUGAACGCAUCAAAGAUACGAGAAAUACUCAACUAACGGAAGUGAAGACCUGGAAGACGAAAUGAAUGUGUGCCCGCCAGCACCAAAGUGGCCAACUCAAGACGAGACCUUCCAGAUGAUGGAUUUUACCCCUCUAAGAAGCUGAAGCCCACUCCCAUUCAAUAACCCCCUCUUUGUUUUUUUUAAUUUUUCAGCUUUGCAUUGCUAUCGGAGCAUUGUGCCUCUUCUCCUACUCCAGGGCCCCUAACAAGCCCCCUACAUGGAGGGCUCUCAGGGGGCUUGCUCCUGAUUGGCCUGCAGGCUCCCACCUUGCAGCCAGCCCAACUGGAAGCCCGGCCAGUACUGACGCGCAUAAACAACACUCGCUGUUGGCAACCAGGCCAGCUUCACAGCCAACGCCAACACACCUGCUCCCAACAUACCCACAACACUCUCCAUCCCAAUUGCUUAAGCGAUCAAUCUCUUUAACUUUCAGAAGAUCGCAAACACCAUGUCCCAUCCCCUGUAUAACCCCUAUGCCUCUGGGAAUCAAAGUUCCACCCAGGGACAGUAUGGACUCUCCACUACACAGGUAGAGAGGGACCCUCGGAGGGCGUCUUCUAACCUUGGACCUGAGUCCAGCAUCAGCUCUUCUGGAGCUUCUGCGACUCCCGCCAACUCCAGGGGGAUGUUCCCAUUGCUGCUGCCUCAGUCAGUGAACUACAGGCCUGAACAGAGAAGAGCCACAAUAGACGAGAACCUAGAGAGGUCUGUAGACAUGCAUAUUAGCAGAGCCAGAGAGGAAGUGAGGCUUCUUGGCAAACAGAUGCAUCAGCCCAUAGACCAGGGAGCUCGCUUUACCAGCACUCAAAUUGAGUUCCCCUCCUCAGGCACAGGGAUGACCUCCUACCCAAUGUCCUCAACCUCUUCCUCUCUAGGACAUAGACAGUCGGACUUUGAAAGUGGCCGUGGCUCUUCGGAGUGGUCAUCAAACUACAAAAGGCCCACUGCUGAUGACCCCUCUGAAUUUUAUUCAUCAUCUGCUUCAUCCAACUAUGCUGGUGGUGGUGAUGGUAGGUUGAAUGUCUUCGGUGAAAGAAAACAUGAUAUGCAGUCCAUUCCAGGGUUAGGUGAUUUUGACUGUCCAGUGCCAGACAAACCUGCUGCGCCCGCAGAGUCAAGUCGACCCAAGUACACCUCUGAAUCAGCUUCGAACAUCCUUCUGCACUUUGGACUUGGAAAAGAGGACUUGGAACAUCUCAUCUCCUUUCCUGAAGACCAGAUCACUCCUGCUAACCUGCCGUUCAUCUUGCGGCAAAUCCGCAUGGAGAAGGCAAAAAGAGCUACAACUGCAGUUCAGUCAAAACCUGAACCCCAACCCACCAGAAGUGUGAGUGGAAUUGAAAGUCACAGUUUGAGUAGUUCUGGAGGGGCAGAGAUGCAUCACAAGGUAAUGUCGUCAGCUUUUCCCCAACCAAGUAAAGUGAUUGACUAUGGGCAUACUGCCAUGUAUACAGUCAGGGCUGAGGAUGAGAUUGGAAGGACCAGCAGCAGCAGAGCUAACAGUGGUGGGAGUGGAAGUAUGUUGCUGAUGGACACUAACGAUAGUAGCAGACACACUCGGGAAGCACUGCAAAAACAAACAUCAGAGGUGAAAAGCAGUGCCUUUGGUUCUUCGCGUGACCAGGCGAGUUCUGUUUCCAGUCUCAGCUCUUUAUACAGUUCAAUACUGAGCUCUGUGGCUCCACCAAGCAAUGAUCAGACCAAAAGAUUGCAGAGCCAACCAAACCAGACUUCCCAAACAAUCCUCAGCUCUUUCUCCCUGCCAAAGAAAGACAAAGACAUCAGAGUUCUCAAGUCUGAAGUCCCCAAACCCGCUCCUUUAAAAGAACCAGAGGAUGAUCGUCAGUCAACAUCGAAAACCCAACUAUCCUCUAUUCCGUUUCUUGUCGGGCAUCCCAGCCAACCUGGCCUUGUGCUCUUUGACAGUAAUAACAGCAAAGGUACUAAGGAUCAGAGUAAAACUCGAGGACAAGGGUCAGCAGUUGCUGAGCAGAUGAAAAAGCAGCAGCCAGUGCAGCAGAAGGCAGUGCAGCAGAUUCAGCAAUCAAAGAUACAGACACAGAAGCAGCCACUAUCGCAUAUGGGGCAAGCUAUGUGGCCUCCAGUUAUUUCUGCUGCAAAAUCUGUUCCCCCUGCCUCUCACACCCCAAACAUCACGAAUGCCGUGCAACAACCGGUGUUUAUUCCUGGUGGUCUUCAUCCCAUGGUCAUUCCUCCAGCUCUGUCUCAGCCAUUCAUGAGCCUGAUGAACCGUAUUCCUCCAACGCAGCCACCUUCCAACAGGCAGCAUCUGGCACAGGUGGUAGCCUCCAAGGUUCUGCCAACAGCGGCCAUGAUGCAUGACUAUGCAGCGACCACGCCGAGAAUCUUUCCACAUACCUGUUCUUUGUGUAACAGAGAAUGUACUCAUAUGAAGCAUUGGAUCUCGCACCAGAACAGCAGCCCUCACCUUGAGAAUUGCAAACUCCUCCGCACACGAUACCCAGAGUGGGAUGGUGAGAUAACACACAAGCCCAGUGCUGCAGUUAAAGAUGACCAGAAAGCCAGGCAUGGAAGUCGGUCCCGUUCCCGCUCAGCCAGCCCUCGUCGCCGUCAUGGCUCAAAGGGUAGAAGGGAGAGAAGCAGUAGCCGGUCAUGUUCACCACACAGCUCCAGAUACACUCGCAGGUCUCGAUCUCGAUCUCGUUCCAAGUGGUAUGACCACCCUACUUCCUCCCGCUAUCGGUCACAUUCAAAAAGCCCUGAGAGGCGAUCAUCACCGAGGAGGAGAGACAGUAGACGAUCACCACCAAGGCGAAGUGAUCACAGAAGAUCCCCACGAAGGAGAAGGAGCGACGAGAGACGAUCCCCAAGACGGAGUGAUGAGAAACGAUCUGCAUCAAGGAGUAGUGAUGAAAGACAAUCUUCAUCAAGUAGAAGUGCUCAGAGACUAUCCUCCCGAAGGAGGAGUAACGAGAGACAAUCGCCAGCAAGGAGCAGUGAUGGGAAGCGAUCGCCAUCAAAGAGUAGUGAUGAGAGACGAUCCCCUCAGCAAAAGAAGUCGAGCAGUGCAGAGAGCCUGGCUAAGAAACUACUGGAAACACCAGCUGUUCAGUCUCUGUCAGACCAGUCUGACCUGGAGUCUGUGGUUAAAACUCUGGCACCCGCCCUGCUGGCUGAGCUCGCCAAGAUGAAAUCUUCCUCAUCCUCCUCCUCUACAUCAAAGAAGGAGGUGACUACAAAGCCAUCCAAAGCAAAGUCCAGCCUGCAGAGGAGUGAGGCAAGUUCUUCUACAAAGAAUAAGUCUGGUAAAUCUUCACCCCCAACCAUGGUCAAACUGCAAGGGAUUUAUAGUUAUAUCUCUCAUGGUGAUGUGGUCGCUGCUGUGGAGCACUUUGGAAAAACCAAGUCAGUUGUACUGUUUCGGUCUAAACUGGAGGCAAUCGUGUGUUUUGAGAAAGAGGAAGACGCAAAGAAACUGAAGAGUUUAAAGAGCAUUGACGUGAAAGGAAUGCCAAUCAGUGUGGUCAGAGAACAGGAGACUGUUUCUAAGGAGCAAAAGAAGCCUCCUCAGAAAGAACCUGCCUCAUCCAGUGUCUCCAUACCUCAAACCACUACAACGACAGAGAAUCCUGUGACGACAGUGAAGACACAAACGAAUGCAGCAUCAGCCACGGAUGCCUCCAAACAAAAUGUCAUUACCCAUCAGACUGUCGGGGAGAUGUUAGAAAUGCACUUGCAGCAAUCCAAAAUACAGUGCUUAAAGUGGAAAACCUGCUUCUCACCAAAGUUUAUGUCACUUUCGCAGAAGGAGCAUCGUCAGAAGCAAUUGCUCAUAACCAACCUGCCGAGUUAUAACAAUGGCUGCUACACAGAGGAGGACAUCGCCAAACUGCUCAUGCCUUUGGGGUUUCAGUAUACAGAUAGCAACAUCCAUGUUGUUCCUCAGACGCGCAUGGCCUUUGUCUUGAUGCCGAACGUGGAGGAUGUGCCCUACGUAAUGAAAGCCUUCAGCAGGAACAGCAUUAAUUUUCAAAAGUCUAAACUCCAGUGCCACGCAGUAGCCAGCGGCAUCACAAUGAUACCGCUUGGGUUUUACAAGUCACUGAUGAAGCUGAUGCAUUUUCCUGUCCGUGAUGAUGGAACGAAAAUAGUCUUCAUCAAGAACAUCUCCUGGAGUGAGACCAAGGAGCUCAGAGAAACUUUGACACAAAUCAUUUGUCAGCCUGUCAAGAACUACAUGCCUCUCCUCAACAAGGUAUUCAUAGAAUUUGAGUCAAUUCGUGAUGCUGAUCGGUUUGGAGUCUGGUAUAGUCUCCUGAAGGAAGCCCCUGGCCAUGAAGUCCACAGGCUGAAUACACUGAAGGAACUGAAAGACUGUGCAUCACUACAAACUGGCGUUCCGCAGGGCAGCAUUGGACCAUUUUGGGUCACGAUGAAAACUCAACCCUACCUGUUCCCUACUGGGUUUUCUUGGUUCGUCAUCCCAGAUUAUCUGACAGUCAAAGGAGAGGACGACAUUGAGAGGGCCAGUGGUUGCUGCUCCAUGUUCCCCACAAUCAUGUUGACUGGUUUGCCAGGAUUUAACCGCUACAAUCAUAAUGACGUGGCCAAGCUCGUCUGGCGGUAUUUCCCCAAACAGAACCUACGUUCCUUGUUCUACAACGUGGUGGUCUUACCGCUGCAGAGGAGGGCCUUUGUGUUUUUCACUGAUUGGACAACAUGCUGUGAUUUUGUCCGAGAUCACAUCACAAAUCCAGUUUCUGUCGAAGGCUUCAAGCUCAGUGUUCAUUUUGUCCUGGAACACAUGAAACCCGAAUCCAGUGAGGUGAUGAUGUACCAAACUCUGAUGAAGUUGAGCAAUGCUGGAGCUCAAGAGCCAGAGUCUCUGGAGGAGAGGUUGCUGUGUGUGGAGAUUUCUGAGACAUCUCUGGACAUCAUCAAGAUGGUCAUUGAAGUUGUGGCCUCCAUCGCAACCUUUGUCAGCUUUCUGCCACUCGCCAACAGGAUAUGCAUUGAGAUGGCUGACUCCAGCGGUGUCACUAAAGUGUUGGAGAAGUACAACACUUUCUCUGCAAAAUCUUUUAAGAAGGGCGCAGCUUGGAGCAAAGUUCAACGUUUUGAGACUUUGAAGGGGCUAGAACAACGCCUACAAGAUGCUAGUGAGAUCACAAUAAACCAUGACCCUAUCAAUGUCAAAGCCGAGCCCCCAGCUGUGGAAUGUGAAACCCAGCCUCCUACUUCUGAAAAAUCAGAUAAUGGGUCACAACCUGCUCUGCAAACCAGUGGCCCUAAUGGAUCCAUCGUAUCUGAGCCCACAAUAGCAGGACCAAGUGCUACCUCAGCAAGUGACGUAGCAAUGAAGGAGGACGGUGAGAAACCAGUAACUGAGAUCUCCAUGGACUCCACUGUUGGUCCUGAGGCAAAUGAAGAUGUAGAAAAAGUGGAAGUAAAGGUGGAAGAGGAGUCACCAACAACUUCAGUCUCUACUGCUGAUGUGACCCCUACCCAUGCAGUCAGCAGUGGGGACGCAGUCUCAGCUGCUUCCAGUUCUACCCCAUCAGCCACAGCAGUCAUCUCUGAAGGAAACUUUGCACAACUUCCUGAAAAUAAGAUGGACAUUUUCCAGGUCCAGGACCACAGACUCACCCAGGAGAGCAGGUCCCAGAGUAAGGAGGAGGAGGAGGGCCCCAGCAAAGGCAACAGAAGCCCUAGGACUGCAACAGCUGGAGAGACACCACAAAGAAUGGUUCAGGAUGAUGUUAAAGAUGACAUUGUUUCUUCAGACGCCUGUCCUUUCGCUGAGCAAAAUUUCAACAUGGAUGACUUUGUCACUGUUGAUAAAGUUGGCGAUGAUGUGGGAGACACAAGCCCUGAGGCUCAUAGCUCCUCCUUAUCCAAGGAGUCCUCCAGAACGGGAAGAGGGAGUCCAAACUCUGGCUCAUCGACGACUGGCAAACAGAUUUCAACAAGGUCUUCGAAAGACUGUAAGAGCUCAGCCUCCUCUUCAUCCAUUUCAACAAAAGGCUCAAGCUCUUCAAGCCCUGUGCCACCAAUAAAGUCCAAAGACUCAUCUGUGUCCACUAAAUCCCCUACCAAACCCUUGGCCUCUACCAAUGUCAGUAAGGCCUCUUCUUCACUGUCUACUGAAACCCCUUCUUCCCCUCCUCAGAAAAUACAACUAAGCAAAACAAAACCUCCAGCCGAAGCAUCUAAUACUGCAUCUUCCAGUUGUCGUACCCGCUCAUCCUCAGCUGCAUGUGAUACGGAAAAGAUAACAUCAGCAGCAAGUGCCAAGGCAUCAGUGAAGACACAUCCUGAGCUGCUUGAAGAAAAAGUAAAAGACACAGAGAGCGUAGUAACAAAGUCUGACCACAAAGUGUCAGCAGAGAGCCUUGAUGCAAAAACUGUUGAGUCAGAGACAAAAACAGAAACAUCAUCAGAGAUGCAUCCACCUUUACAGGGACAUGGGGUAGAGUUGAGCCAAGCUCAAAGUCUGGAGAUUGAUUCUAAUGCCAUCCCAAUGAAAGACCAGCAGAAAAACAAAGAGGAAGGGAAAGAGGAGGAUAAUAACAAACAUACAGAGGUGGAGGAGGACAACGGUGAGAAAUAUCAAAUCCUUGAUUCACUUGAUGAUCAAACAGAUCAACAGAUGGAUGAUGUGUACCAAGAGGUCAACUCUGAAGCCCAUCCAACUGGACCUGAGGGAGGCCAGGCUUUGCACAAGGAAAGCUUUCAGGACUUGGACAGUGUUGACAAUGAAGGCAAAACCCGCCCACAGGAGUCCAGUGAAAUGGAAAUGGACAGAUCUUUCCAUGUGUUAGACAGCACCACUGCAGACCAAGCAGCUACAGGUCAAGAGGAUAGUCAUCUGGUCCAAGAUGAUGGCUCUACAGUAAAACAACUGUCUGAGGAAGAUGCGAUUUCAGCAGGUUACAAAUCUGAUAAAGAUUCAAUUGAUAAAGAUCAAGAUAAUUUCCAAGUGUUAGAUACAGGUAGUAAACAAGCUCCAAGGUACAAGGGGGAUGGAAAGGAAAGAAAUGAAGAGGAGGUCAAAGACAAAAUGCUUUCAGCAGAGUUCUGCAAAGCCUCCAAAGGUGUGGAAAAUCCUGAUAGCCGAAUCCUAAAUGAAGACCAGCCUCUUCAAGACUCUGACAACAAAGAUACUUUUAAAUACACUGACAAUGAUGUAACUGAACAAGAAGCCUUUGAGAUACUGGAUUCAAUUGAUGAUCAGAUCGGAACAGAAGAUGACAACCAAAACCUUGAAACUCCCAGUGACCAGACAUCUAAAGAAGACAUGAGGCCCACGGAGGAAGAGGAGGACCCAUAUCAGGUAAUUGAUUCUGUCGAAGAUCAGCCAAUGACUAUAGAGACAGAGUCAGAGCCCCCUGCUAAAAAAGAUGAUAGUCUAGAUGGACAAUCAAAGAGAAGCAGCCCCACAACCACAGCAUCCAAAAUUGAAGACAAAGAGAAAUCACCAAAGAAAGAGGAAAAGACAGUCAAAAAAUAUGACACACGGACAAGAGUGGACACCUCUGCAUUACUUUCUGAAAAAGACAAAGAGGUCAAUGAGGAGAUGAUGUACCAGAUAGUAGAUUCUGUUGAAGAUGAACCAGUUCAAGAUGCUCCCACCACAGAAAGGUCUGGUAGAAGAAGGAGUGCACGAGGAAAGAAAGAGGAUAAAAUGGCAUUGGUUCUCACAGAAGUGCCUGAAAAACCAGAGGAGGCUACAUACGAGAUUUUAGACUCUGUGGAGGACGAAACUCCCAGUGAUGAACCCAUCAUCAUGAGAAGAUCUACCAGAGGAAAAAGGGAAACAACAGCUAAGAAAGAUGCUUUAAAUGAGAAAACAAAAGAGGACACGCCAACAGGAAGGAGGCACACCCCUGCCAGAGAGCGAAACAGGGAAACACCAAAGAAAGAGGAGAAAUCCUCUCUGAAGGAGAGCACACCAUCAAAGAAGAGUGACAGUGUUGUGAGCGAGGUAAGUGAGGAGGAUGUUACCUCUAAAGUUUGUGACCCUGUGGAGGAAGAGAUUGCUAACAAUGAUCGGCCUGCUACAAGAAGAAAAGGUAAAAGGGGAAGACCAAAGAAAGACCUUAAAUCAACAAAAGAAGUCAGCGCAACUUUAAAGAAGGGUGACAGAGACGCAUCUGAUAAAGUGGCUGAUGAAGAAGAGGCGACAUAUCAGAUUCUUGAUUCUGUGGAGGACGAGAGUGUUGACGAUCAGCACCUCACAGAACAGUCAAAAGAGAGAGAUUCUAAAAACGAUGAACAGCAAACAAAGAAAAGUAUCUCCCCUGCAGGAUCACCCAAAAAUGAGGACGAGGAGGAAGAGCCUGUGUAUGAGAUCAUAGAUUCCCUUGAAGACGAUCAAGUUCAAGAAGAGCUGACUGCGACAGAGGACAAGACAAAAGAUGAAACUCCUACAAAAGCAGAGGCAUCAACUCUAAAAGAAGAAAGAACAAGGGUUGAAGUGUCUCAAAAAGUAGUCGUCAAGGAGGAGACUCUAUAUCAGAUAGUUGAUGAUGUAGAGAAAGCAAAUGAUGGUCGAUCUGCUGCAGAAGGGUCUGCAACAGAAAAUAGGCAAAGAACACACAAUACAGAAAUUAAGAAAGAGAGCAAAUCAGCAGCUAAAUCCCAGAGUGACACUGCCAUACUUGAAGGGGUGAUGAAGCAAAAAUCGUCCAAGAAAGAUGACACAGCAAGCACUCCGGUGAACCUGGAGGAAGUGAGCAAGGAGGAGGAGGAUAACCUCGACACGGCUGAGGAGGAACAACCGAGGAAGCGUCAGGCCACCGCAAAAGAGAAGCAGUUCGCCAAAGAGCAGGAACCGAGCAGGACCAAGGACAGGGAGAGAGAGAAGAGGGAGCGACGGGGUCGAAGCAGCAGCAGAGGAGGAGGACGCGGGAGAGUGACAAGGAGGGCAAAGGAGAGGGAAAAAAAUGAGACGGUGGAGGUAGACACAGAGGACCUGGUGACUCUGGAUGAGGUGGGAGCAGAUGAGGUUGGAGAGGAAAGAGCAUCUGAGAACCGAGAGUGGGAUGGGGAGAUCACAGAGGGAGAGCUGCAGGCACUCGUCACUUUGGAUGAGUUCACAGAAGAAGAGGAGGAUGGGAAGGCCGAGGAAACCAAGCUGGAUGCCCGUCCACCCAGCCAGGAGGACGAAUCAGUGGAUUUACUAAACCCAGAGACUAUGGUGACUUUAGAUGAAGCUGGCGAUGAUGAUGAAGAGAAGGCGGAUGAAGAGCAAACUGAGAAUAUCUCAACAUCUGCCAAAUGCAAACCUGAUGAUGACACAGUUUUAGAGGAAAGUAUGAACUUUGUGACAGUAGAUGAGGUGGGAGAGGUGGAAGAAGAGGAGGAAAAGGAAGUGUUAAAAAUCAGGACACGAGGACGAGCCAAGAAGAGAACCAGACAGACCCCUGUGAGGAAAUCUACCAGAGGGAAAACAGUGGCUGCAAAAGACGAGAGAGAAGAAAAUGAACCAGCUGGCACUGAUGUACUGCCUCCCACUUCACUCGAUGGCUCCUCGUCACUGGACAAAGAUCCGUCUACGUUGUCAAGUCACAGCCAGCCUAAGAUCCAGAAGAUGGAGGUGAAGGAGGCAUCAGUGAGCCCAGCAGACAUCACUGAACACCCUGAAAACCAGACACUGGAGGGAUGUGUGGAGGAAGGAGAGGAGAAGGAAAAGUGGAGCAGGGCAGACACUAAAGUUGUGGGUAAAGGAAGGAGGAGGAAGGAGCCUGGCGGACCUGAAGCAAAGCGAUCUCGUUCUCAGUCUCCGUCUGUCGCUGCUAACGUCAAACUGCCGCCAUUCAAACCCAGCAAUCCUCUUGGUCAAGAGUUUGUGGUUCCCAGAUUAGGGUACUUCUGUAAUCUCUGCUCUGCUUUCUACCUGAGUGAGAGCACGGCCAAGGACCUCCACUGCAGCAGCCAGGAGCAUUACGACAACCUGCAGAAACAUUACCAGAAGCUUCAACAGAAACCGUCAAGAAGUUCUACGCGAAGUUCUCAAGGCUCCAUUUCUGAUUGAUCCCGACUUAGCUACUGAUUUUUGUUGUUUUUUUGUGUGUGAAAUGUGAAAAAAGACUGCAGAAGGAUUUAGUUCAGAAAUCACUGUAAAUAAUAAGCUGCAUUGGUUGUAACUCAUUUCUGUCUGGUGCAUUUUUCAUGUAAAUGUGCGAAUCAUCUACCAUAACACUUCAUAAAUAUUUUUAGCAUAUGUUGUCCCAUCGGGAUUCAAACUCCCUCCAGCUCCUCAGCGUUGGUGCCUUGCUCUGCGAACAGUUGCACAGAAUCAUUUGUGUAAAACGAGGAAAAACAGGAAUCAUGAAGUCAGUAAUGUUACAUAUUUGUAGGAGUGGAACUUUAAAAGAUGCUACAUGACCUAAAAAUAUACUUCAGUAUUUAUAGUACCAAUUCAUAUUUUAUUUUGGCGAUUUUUGCUUAAAAUGUGGAUGUAAAUUUGGCUUGUGAUCUAUAGUUAAAAUUUCUCGAGGAAGCAAUGGGACAGAUGGAGGAUAUGGUCUUAAUGACGGCACAUAGUUGCUUCUGGCACGCAGUAAUAAAAUAAAUGAUCUUCUCCUGGUCUCAUUUUGGUGAUAAAGGUAUAAUCUUAGAACACAUUUAAAUCUGAUAACAUUUUGUCAUUUCUAAUAUAACAUGUAGCACCGUUUGAAGGAUCAUCUGUUACUUCAGGAGCCUAAUAACUUGUUUUUAAAGUUGUAUAUAUGAAGCCUAGAAUUUGAUCUUGCACACGACAUAUAAAGGUCAGAUAAGUGUGAACAACGACUUUACAACAACUUUAUUAGCCAGGGAUGCAGAAAUUCCCUUCACAGUUAGAUCGGAUGAGGAACUGAACUACAGUUUAUGUAAGAUGAACAUUAGAGGAAAAAAAUAUUAUGAUGUCUCUUGAUGACAGUGUGAAGUCAGAGUCUGAUUCCUUAUAGUUUUGGAGAAGAGUUUUCUUGUGAGUCUAUGUCAUUGUUAAUAUAAAUACAAAUCAUGAGGAUUAUGUUUUGUGGUGUUUUUGUUUUCCUGUUUUGAAACUGAAUCUCUUAAAUCCUGACAAAUGUCUGACCUCAGAGUUCACAGCUUCGGGUGCCCUCUCUUUAAAGAGUACAGAUGAGCCAAAGCUAGAUGUAGUCAUUGUUUGUUAGUGUGUAGUGAUGGAAACAUAAAGACUGAUUUUAUUUACGAAUUUGACGUUGGUGAAAUUAUUACCAUGACUUGUGGACAAGAAGAUGUAACAAUAACGAGGUAACAGUUAAAACAUGACUGUCAAGAACCAUGUAUUCUCAUAAAGACAAACCUGCUCCUCAAAUUAACACACAGCAAAAUAAUUCUGGUCCGCCUCUUCAAAAUAAAAGUGUUCACAAUAUUUAA